UAUGAAGUGACAUUGAAAGAUGUUUUGUGCGUACCUAACCUUAGCACGAAUCUCAUAUCAGUGAGCCAGUUAAUUAAGAAUGACAAUGAAAUCAGGUUCGGGAAGAAAAACUGCUUUGUUUACAAUAAAAACAGAGAACUUGUGGCCGUGGCGGACUUGAUUGACGGUGUAUACAGAUUGAUCAUGGACGAAAGUAAACUUUGUUUGUUUACGUCAAACUCGGCAACUAGUGAAGUGUGGCACCGUAGAACUGGACACUUGAAUAUGAAAUCACUCGAUAUGAUGAGAGAUGGUGCUGUCAAUGGCAUAUCAUACAGUGGGAAGUCGAAUUUCAGCAAGAAUACGUGCACUGUGUGUUGUCAAGGGAAGCAGGCCCGUCUUCCAUUUAAUCACACAGGAACACGAAGCAGCCAGCUAUUGGAAUUAGUGCAUGCAGAUGUAUGUGGACCUAUGGAAACAACCUCAAUUGGCGGAUCAAGCAGGAGGUGUCAGAGGAGGAACCUGAACUAGAACCAGUGGAAGUGGUAACCAAACGUGUCCGGAGGCAACCAGAGCGAUAUGGAUUUACCAACUUGUGCACCUCAUCGAAUCCAGACCACAUCACUGAUCCUGUAUCUGUUCGUGAUGCCUUGUCUAGACCUGAUAAGGAUAAAUGGAUCGAGGCUAUGCAGGAUGAGUUGCAAGCGUUUGAAGAAAAUCAGGCUUGGAUGCCAGUGGAACAGUUACCUCCAGGUAAAACCUUAGUGCAGUGUAAGUGGGUUUUUAAAAUCAAAGUGAACAGUGAUAAAAGUGUGCGUUACAGAGCGCGUUUAGUGGCUAAAGGCUUCACGCAGAAGCCAGGUAUAGACUAUGAUGAAACUUUCUCACCUGUGGUCAGACAUUCCACUUUAAGACUGUUGUUUGCCUUGUCUGUAUAAUUGAAUCUGGAUGUUACACAUCUAGAUGUUAAAACUGCAUUUUUAAAUGGUUUCCUCAAAGAGGAUAUUUAUAUGUAUCAACCAGAUAUUACUUGUGAUGCUAACAAGAAAAAGGUGAUAGUUAAACUUAAUAAAGCUAUUUAUGGCUUAAAGCAAUCAUCUCGUUCUUGGUAUGAAAGAGUUGAAAAAUGUUUGUGUGAACUAGGAUUUCAAAAAUGUAAA